GUAGUCGGCAUCCUCUGGCAGUUCACCUAGACGUUACGCUCGUACGAACAAAGAAAAAAAAAUUAGUAACUCGAUCAACUACCCUACGCUAUAUGCUACCAACUUUGGCAUUUAUAAGAAAACUUUAUAUUAAAAUCCUCUAUUAAAUUACCAACUGUGGCAUGUUGACAAAGUGGAAGCGUUUUUUAUCCGCGAUCUUAGUAAGUGUGAUCGAAUCUGAAAAAAAUAUUAAAGUGGACAAAGGAACGGUCUAGGAUGGAGUAGUAGUCUGUGAAGCGACUACAACUCUAUGGUCUAUCAAUCAAAUGUCAGAAUAUUUGACAUCAACAAAAGAACGCAUAAUUUACAAUAUGUCUUGCAAGACAAACAAAAAAUCAUUAAAUGAAUUACAAAGAAAAUCAUAUGAAAUUACAAUUCUCAAAGACAAAUGCACACAUUUACAUAACCCCCUCAAGGUAAAUCUCCAAUUACAUCGUUACAAAUUGGGACAGAAGAAAGAUAAUUACAGUAAAGCAACGUACCUUGAAAAUCUAGGCAAAACCACCACAGAAUACCGAGCGUACACCUCCAAACAAACAACACCAGCCGUUGAUGAAUGUCCAGGAAUGAUUAAUAAAUCGUUCAAGUAAGUCCACUUCUUUGAAGUUAAACCAAUUAUCUUUAUUCCAGAUUAAAUGACCCAAUCCAUCAAUUGUCCGAUGUAAUCUUCAAAACGUGCUCGCGUUGCGGGCACGGACGUGUAGAAUUAUUAAUUUUUAAUAAAUUUUAUAACUGAUCCUUGAUGUGUACCAUUCAA